ACUUCAUGUGAUCAAAUGCAAUUAGGCGGUAGCGGUAGCGCGCAUUUAGCAUUCAAUCUUCUAAAGCCGGUAACACAAAUGUCAUCAGUUGUCAUAAGACUUAAGCGGAACCCUUUAUAUGAACUUUUUUCAAAUAAAUCUGUUAUCAUGUCUAAAGGUCCAUGGAGUUGCAAUGAAGAUGUAUUAUUAACGAAACUUGUUGAAGAAACGCCUAAAAAACAAGACCAAAUACAUUGGGUUGAAAUUGGAAGAAGGAUGAACUCUCGAACUUCAAAGCAAUGUAGAGAAAGUGAAGAAGAAAAAGAUUUAAUCUGGGAUUGUUUAACUAAAGGUAUAGCCUCGCAUGCAUCUAUUGCAAAAUUGAUUCCUGGGAGAACGCCUCUGCAAAUAAAAAAUUAUAUUUACCGAGAAAGAGCUAAAGAGAAAGUAAGAAUUAAAGCGAAAAUGUCGCUACCAAAUAUCUGUAAUGUUUCAACAACGAGAAAAUUAGAAAACUUAAGGGGGGUUUGA